UUAUCACAUCUUAUCGGCUUAAAUGCCAAGACUUAUAGUCCUCAUCAAUUCUAAUUGCUCAAUUCAAACAUUCCUUGGGCAGCGACGCGUCUCGCUUUUACAACUUUCAGGUACGUAACAGCAAGAAAAAUUGUGUGAUGAUGAGUUGUUGUUGUCGCUGUUGUUUUUCUUAUGAUUUCUAUUAAAAGAAGCACUCAUUCAAAUCAAUAAAUAUUCACCCGUGUCUUCAUUUACUCAUGUAUUAAGUCAAGAAAGUCAAGAAGUGCGAGUUAGAUUUAUCAGAUGAUCAAUUAUUCAGCCUCAGUUACAUUUCGCUUGGAAUAGGCCGAAUUUAAGAGGGUGUAAGCUGGACACUGAAACAAGCAUCAUGUCUACCACACCCAGGGACCAAUCUCCAGCGAAAGCGUCGCAAAAUGGUGUGGCGCCAGAUCAGUCAAUGAUGGUAGAAUUACCCACUCAACUGGGUGACCAGACCGAACUCGCCGAACCACCCGAGGAGGAUGUAACCGUGAGGCUACAUUCACAAACACAAUCACAACCUCAGCCACAGUCUCCUUCUAGGGCGCAGAUUCCUAGGAUCGAACAUGGCCAACACACCACUCUACUGAGACACCUAGAACGCCAACGUCAAACAAGAACUCCCGAACCACAAAAGCGUCGGAGUAAUAGGUCGGAGAUGCAAAGUCCGGGUCACCUUGCCGCUUUCGACUGGGAUGACUUUCAUGAGCGUUACACAAAAGCCCUAGAAGAAGCCGAUGCGCAGGAAAAACAGCUGUUGGAGGAAUUUGAUACUCUCAUCAAGUACUUCAAUGUUUGGGCAUCAGCUUCAUCUGCCCAUGAUAAUGAAAGAGCGGUCAAAAGAUUGCAGACUCGCGAGAGACAUGUGCAACUUUCUGAACAGACUCUCGCACAGAAGAAACAACAUUUGUCUGAGGUUGUAAGAGCUUUCCAGAGUGCUCUGGCACUUCUAAGUACGACUUAAUUAGCGACGUAUUUCGCCUUAUUUGUGACGAUUUUCCCUGUUGUUCGCCAUGGUAUAUGGGGAUAGUCAUCUGAGCGUAUGACUAGUGGACUUGGUUGCGCAUUACUUUUAUACCUUUAAAAAAACAGAUGCAUCGAGUAAUGAUACCAGAUAUUAUGUCUGGUUUCGAUGAAACAAAUUAGGGACAGCUUACGAGUGCAUUGACAUUGGCGUUGGUUUAUUCAUUCUUAACGAUCUUGACGAUAUUCACGACAUAACGACUUUUUACGAAUUCUUAUGAUGCUCACGAAUUACAUAUUUAUGAAAUGGCCCUGUACUUAGCAACAUUAGCUUUAUGAUUUCUAUCUUUGCAAUUUUAUGAAUUUAUACUGUGGUUUUGAUGUAA